AUGUCGGGAAAGCGUCUGCUGGACGCCAUCCAGCUCCUCAAUGUCGCCAAGUCCGUCGCAGGGAAGCACCUUGCUGUGCGCCAACGCCAGCUCGAUGUCUUUGCCAGGACGUCCUCGCUCACCAAGGGCAUCAAAGCCCAGGCCGACGGUCUGAUCAUCACCGCGCAGGCGGCCGCCGCGCUGGCGAAGCGAUUCAACGAGCCCGAUCCCUCUGACUUCUCGCCGAAGUCCCAACCCGCCGACGCCCCUCGUCCGCCGUACGAACCAUCAAACGCCGCGGCGUCGCUUUCCCCGGAAGAAGCAAGGAGGUCGCAACGGCAAUCGGAGGCGCAAAUUCCUUCGAAGGCUGCUGGGCAUUCGGUGGCGGAUGGCACAAGCAAGGUGGACAUCAGUGCGCAGCAGGAAACAUUCUACAAACCGUCUCAAGCAUCGACUCCGGAACUGUCCGGCCUUCCUCGAGUCAAGGUGCCCAAGAACGCCAGUGAUACCCAACAAAAUGUCCAGAGUCAGAUCAAUGCCGAUGUGUUUCACUCGUCCGCCGGCCCCGAGAAAUCUACUGCGGAAAAGGAUGAGAUCCCGGAGGAAAUGAUGAGCGAGAUCUUCCACAGUCCAAGAGUGGCUCGGAUGCUUUCCAAGAAACCAGCUGCGGAGGCCAAGAGUCCGGUUGAGACCCGCAUUGUGGAGGACAUCGCCUCGGAUAUACCAGAGACAACGCCGCCAACUGCCGCGGCACCACAAUCACGUGAGACGUAUAAGAUGGUCGAAUCGCGAAUUCCCUCGUCUCGUCUAGGAAGACUUUGGCAAUAUGGUGGACUGGCAACGUCGAUGGCUUUUGGUGCGGUUGGCGAGGGGCUGCGAAGGGUAACUGGUAGCAAGGAGGACAGCACUGGAUCGCUUAUACUCAGCGCAGGAAACAUGGAACGACUGGUGGCCAAGCUCUCUAAGAUGCGCGGGGCUGCGCUUAAACUGGGGCAAAUGAUGAGCUUCCAAGACUCCAAAAUGCUUCCGGAGUCGCUGAACGUGGUCCUCCAACGGGUCCAAGACCGGGCAGAUUACAUGCCUGCUUCUCAACGCGACAAAGUUCUGGCCGACAACCUGGGCCCUAACUGGCGCGAUCUAUACUCGUCAUUCGACGAGAUCCCCAUGGCUGCAGCAUCGAUAGGUCAAGUCCAUGGCGCCGUGCUCAAGAAGACCGGCCAGCGCGUCGCGGUGAAAGUCCAGUACCCCGGCGUCGCGGAUUCCAUUGACUCCGACCUGAACAACCUGUCGCUCCUGCUCACAGCCUCGCGCAUGCUCCCUCGCGGCCUUUACCUAGACAAGACCAUCGCCAACGCUCGCACAGAACUCGCCUGGGAAUGCGACUACAUCCGCGAAGCCGAAUGCGGCAACCGCUUUAGAGACCUCCUCCGGGAUGACCCCGUCUUCGUGGUGCCCGAAAUCAUCCCCGAGGCGUCCGGCCGCCACGUCCUAACCAUGGAGCGUCUGGAGGGCGUCGCCGUCACCAAAAUCCAGGACUUCAGCCAGGAACAGCGCAACUGGAUCGGCACGCAGAUUCUGCGUCUCUGUCUGCGCGAGAUUGCCGAAUUUAAAUACAUGCAGACGGACCCCAACUGGACCAACUUCCUCUACAACGCGCAGACCAACCGCCUCGAGCUUCUCGACUUCGGCGCCUCGCGCGAAUACCCCGACGAAUUCAUCACCCGAUACAUUCAGACUCUGCGCGCCGCGUCCAUCAACGACCGCGAGACCUGCCACCGUCUGUCCAUCGAACUGGGCUACCUCACCGGCCACGAGUCCAAGGCCAUGGUCGACGCCCACGUCACCUCCAUCCUCACCCUCGCUGAACCCUUCAUGGACUCCUCCCCCGACGUGUACAACUUCAGCAACCAGACCAUCACGGACCGCGUGCGCGGCCUGAUCCCCGUUAUGAUCCAUGAGCGACUGGCCCCUCCCCCUGAGGAGACGUAUAGUCUGCAUCGCAAGCUGAGCGGCGCGUUCCUGCUAUGCGCGCGGCUGGGAAGUCAAGUGCGCUGUAAGGAUCUGUUUGCUGACGCGAUGAAGAAAGCCGAUGCGUCCGGUCUCGGCGCUGGAUCUCAAUGA